AUGGCACAAGAGAAGGAAAGUAUUGAUUCGACUAACCCACUGUAUAUGCACCCCUCUGAGAGUGUUGGCUCUGGAAUCACUCCUGGUACUUUAAAUGGAAGUGGAUAUAGAUCAUGGCGGCGUGGUAUGUUGCGGGCUUUGUCAGUGAAGAACAAGAUGGGCUUUGAUUCAGAGGACAUGUAUGAUCAAACAAAUGGGGCUAAAUUGUAUCAAAUUCAAAAGGUGGUUAGUGACCUAAGUCAAGGAUCCAUGGAUAUAACUACUUACUCUACUAAAAUGAAGCGAUUAUGGGAAGAACUAGGCACUUUAGAUAACAACAAUCAAUGCAAUUGUGUAUGCAUUUGUGGUGCCAAAACUGCUAUGCACAAAGCUGAACAGGACAGGAGACUUAUUCAAUUUUUGAUGAGGCUAAAUGAGGUAUACACAGUAGUGCGGGGAAGCAUACUGAUGAUGAAUCCUCUCCCUACUAUUGCCCAAGUUCAGGAUAAAUUACAGUCAAAACACUGCAGGGAACAACAAUUUCAUAGAGGGAGUUCUUCAGGCAUUCGAAUGUUUUAUGAUUACUGCAAGAGGCCUGGACAUAUUAAGGAUAAAUGCUACAGACUCCAUGGUUUUCCACCAAAUUUUAAGUUUACAAAAGGAAAGAAUACAACAUUUGUUGCAGCUGUACUUGGAGAAUCCAAUGAAGCAUUGGACAAUCAUCUUGAUGAACCUUGUACCUUGAGAACUUAUGGCAAUUUAACCUUGACUAAGGAACAACAAACUCAGUUGUUGCACUUGCUUGGAAGUUUCCAAAGUGGAUCACCAUGUACUAGCUCAGACAAUAUCACCAGUGGAGCUGCAAACUUUGUAGCUAUUCUUGCUUGCUCUACUCAUAGUGAAGUCAUAGAUAAUCUUUCAGAUAAAUUUUCUUUACCAAAUGGAUAUAGAGUGAAAGUAACAGAAAUAGGAGAUGUUGUUCUCAGUCCAACUUUAACGUUGCAUAAAGUGUUGUUUGCUCCCAGUUUCAAAUUCAAUCUCAUCUCUAUACAUUCCCUUACUGUGCACCUACUCAAAUCUGAUGUUAAUUUCUCUGCCUCUUCAUGUGUCUUGCAGGCCCCUUCACUGAAGAGGCCUCUGGAAAUUGGUAAAGCAAGGAAUGGAUUGUACUUUCUUUGCGCAAAAUGUCAAUCUUCUGCAUCUCAUUGUUCAUCUUUUACCUCUCUUACUGCUACUUCUUCGCCUUCUAUAAAUAGUUGCAAUCCCAAUUAUGUGUGUGAUAUUUCUGAACCUAAUGCACUGUGUGAUAUUUCUGUUUCACAGGCUCAUUCCCCAUCCCCUAUUCCUUCUGUAAAUACUUGCUCUUCACAUAAUAAAGAGGCUUGUUCAUUUCAUGAUUCUUCACUUAUUAAUUGUUCAUCUUCCAGUAAGAGUGGAUUCUUUGUGGCAUAA